ACCGCAGCCACAGAUCCGCACCCCAGGCCCUAGGUUCGGCUCCCCGCCCGCCCGCAGGCAGCUGUGGUCGCGAUGGAGCAGGGUGCCAGUAGCAUCCAGGUUUUACUGCAAGCAGCUGAGUACCUGGAUCGGAGGGAACGAGAGGCAGAGCACGGCUAUGCUUCCUUGUGUCCUACUCACAACUUGGGCCCAGUAAACCGCGGAAGGAGGAGACCCAAGGCCCCUAGGGACAGUUUAAGAUCCGUGCACAGCGAACUGGAGAAACACAGGAGGGCCCAACUGAGGCGCUGUUUGGAGCAGCUGAAACAACAGAUGCCCCUAAGCACAGACUGUGCCCGAUACACCACCCUGAGCCUGCUGCGCCGGGCUCGUCUGCACAUCCAGAAGCUGGAAGAACAGGAGCAGCGUGCACGAAGGCUCAAGGACAGGCUCCGAAGUGAACAGCGAAGCCUGCGCCAACGGCUAGAACAGCUCCGAGGGCCAGCUGGGGAGCGGGAGCGUCUUCGAGUAGAUAGCCUGGACUCCUCUGGCCUUUCUUCAGAGCGCUCUGAUACUGAUCAAGAGGAGCUGGAGGUGGACGUGGAGAGCCUGGUGUUUGGGGGUGGUGCUGAACUGCUUCGAGGCUUCAGCACAGGCCAGGAGCACAGCUACUCUCAUAGUGGCAGUGCUUGGCUAUGAUCCCUGCUGCCCACAGCAGGCACAUAGCUCUCCCACUCUCUUGGCUGCACCAAGCUGCCCAGCCUGCCAGAGGAGCUGCCACAGACCUGGCGAUGGUUGACUAAAGUGGGUUCCAGCUUGCAUCCCUCAUGAUACUGGGCAUUCCUGCAAAGCAGAAAAUUACUGGACUGCAGAGGCUGCUGCUGGCUCCUGGAGCUAUUUUAACUAGCCUCAGUUCCACCCCUUCUCUCUUAUGUGGGCACAGACUGCAGCUUACUCCGUUUUGUGGGGGAAAACAGGAGUGAGCCAUGGCCCUAAUAUGGAACUAAACAAGCAAUGCAACCUUGUUCCCUGUCAGAGGUUAUGGAAGGCAACCAGAGGCCUCUGACAAGGGGCUGACGUAGAGGCAGUCUGUUGCUCCCUGCCUAGACUUUUUUUUUUGUACGUUUUUUACAGCAUUGAUUUUUGUUCCUUUCAGGGCUGGGAUGCAAAUCUUCUGCUAAGCUGAUUUGUCCCCAGCACUCAAGGGACCAGUAGCAUUAAAGUGGGAUAGAGCUGUAUUCAGACUCUGGCUCUAGCUCCACAGACACCACACAGUAUUUUCAGUAAAAAACUUUUUCUUAA